CAUGCCUGCCGUCUUCAAAUUUCAAUUCUUCACCCACCAAAACCAAACCUCCCUUAUAAAACCAUCCGCCAUUUCUCUCUGGGAUUCUCAGGUGCCACUCAUUCUCUCCUUCAAGGUUUAGGUGCACCAAACAAAAAUGGCUCAAUCCCUCACCAAUGCCAGCUCUCUGCUCCCAAACAAAACCUUUCUUCAAACCCAACAACCUAUUUCACCUUCCCACAACCAUGUUUUCUCCACCAGGCCGGCCAGAUCCAUCAAACCCAUCUCCGCCGUGCAAUCUGCCGACUCCUCCAAAUCCCCCAUUGUUUCCGGCAAGUCAUCCUCCAAACCCGCCCCUCCCGCUGCCACCACGGCCAGGGGGGCGGCGACUACAACCGUUUCCAAACCCGUUGAGGAGAAUACGGCAUGGUCCCCCGAGAGCUGGAAAUCCAAGAAGGCGCUGCAACUCCCCGAGUACCCGGAUCAGGCAGAGCUCGAAUCGGUGCUUAAAACCAUCGAGUCAUUCCCUCCGAUCGUGUUCGCCGGGGAGGCGCGCAGCCUCGAGGAGAAACUCGGGGAGGCCGCAAUGGGCAGGGCUUUCCUUCUCCAAGGCGGAGAUUGUGCGGAGAGUUUCAAGGAGUUCAAUGCCAAUAACAUUCGGGACACUUUUCGAAUCAUCCUCCAAAUGGGCGCCGUUCUAAUGUUCGGCGGUCAAAUGCCUGUAAUCAAGGUGGGAAGAAUGGCUGGGCAGUUUGCGAAGCCAAGAUCAGAAUCAAUGGAGGAGAAGGAUGGAGUUAAGUUGCCAAGUUACAGGGGUGACAACGUGAACGGAGAUGCAUUUGAUUUAAAAUCAAGGACUCCAGACCCACAAAGGCUGAUCAGAGCAUACUGCCAAUCUGCAGCUACUCUCAAUCUGUUGAGGGCUUUUGCUACAGGAGGGUAUGCUGCUAUGCAGAGGGUCACCCAAUGGAACAUGGACUUCACAGAACACAGUGAGCAGGGUGAUAGGUAUCGAGAACUGGCUCAUAGAGUAGAUGAGGCCCUUGGGUUCAUGUCUGCUGCUGGUCUUACAAUGGAGCAUCCCAUCAUGAAAACCACUGAAUUUUGGACAUCGCAUGAAUGCUUGCAUUUGCCUUAUGAACAGUCGCUUACCAGACUGGAUUCAACAUCUGGGCUUUACUAUGACUGCUCUGCUCAUUUCGUAUGGGCCGGGGAACGAACCAGGCAGCUAGGUGGUGCACAUGUUGAGUUCUUGAAGGGAAUCGCUAAUCCUCUAGGGAUUAAGGUAAGUGAUAAAAUGAAUCCAGAUGAGCUGGUGAAGCUCAUUGAGAUUUUGAAUCCCCAGAACAAAGCGGGAAGGAUUACAAUCAUAACAAGGAUGGGAGCAGAAAACAUGAGGGUCAAGCUUCCUCAUUUAAUUAGGGCCGUCCGAGGAGCGGGUCAAAUUGUCACCUGGGUUUCAGAUCCAAUGCAUGGCAACACCAUUAAAGCUCCAUGCGGUCUUAAGACUCGACCUUUUGAUGCUAUCAGGGCGGAAGUGAGGGCAUUCUUCGAUGUUCAUGAGCAAGAAGGAAGCAACCCGGGUGGGGUGCACUUAGAGAUGACGGGGCAGAACGUGACGGAGUGCAUCGGUGGUGGUGGAUCACAUACCGUGACAUUUGAUGAUCUGAGUUCUCGCUACCACACACACUGUGACCCUAGGUUGAAUGCCUCUCAGUCACUGGAGCUUGCCUUUAUCAUCGCUGAGCGCUUAAGAAAGAGGAGAAACGGAAGCACACGUUAGUUAUACUUUUAAGGGAAGGGCCAAGGCAGCAGUAACCCCCCCUUAAUUUUCUCUUUUCCUUUAAAUAAUUAUUAUUAUCAUGUAUUAAUUAAUAUCUUAUGUUUAGUUAUGUUUUGGCACAAUUCUGAAUUAGUAUGAAGUAUAUGUGCAUACUGGAAAGGAUGUGUGUUGUAUGAGAGUUCCGAUAUCUGUGUUAUGAUGAAUAAAGCAAAUUUCCAAUUUCUGCAAACUAAACUUGUUGAUUUGGGG